AUUUUUUCGGCUAUGUUUGCUUUUCUUGUCCAUCGCAUUGUUCACGAGCUCGCAAUAGUUAGGGUAGGUGGAAUAAGGUGUAUUUAGUAUAGAACAAUACGGGGGCAGAUAUACUCCAAAAUCAUCGUCUUAGAGAAGGUCGCCAAUGAUGAAGUCUCAAACCUGGAAACAAUUGAACAUACGUAAGAGAAUUUGAGGAUAAAAACCAAAAGGGGGAAUUUAUAGCGCUAUACUCUACUGCGUAUACGUUACAAAAGAGUUCUCUUAUAAAACAAAAUUAUAAAUUUCUACCGUUUUAAACCAUUUGACGUACUCCUAACUGAUUAGUUCAGUUGCUAGAUGUUAACGAUCCGUUUGAGAAGUUCAAGAGUCAAUCAAGUUCGAUAACCAUUGAUUCUGACAUGCCAUACAAAAAACUCUGAACGUACAGUACCUUUGUGUCUAUGAAAAUCCUUUUAUAUAAAUUUAUUAGAAGUGAAACGAAGAACGUGUGUUGAUAAUAUGGCAAUUAUGACAGAGAUCGAAGACAUCACCGACCUCAUCGGAAAAUUUGGAAAAUGGCAGAAAAUGUUAUUUGCUUUUCUUUCGUACGUAACGGCGCUAUUGGCUUUCAACAAUCUCAAUUUGCCAUUUAUUAUACCAAAAAUAGACCAUUGGUGUGCCAGUCCCUACGAAUAUAGUAAUGUAUCUACCGAAAUGUGGAAGAAUCAGUCGAUACCAUUCGAAAUCGUAGAAGGAGAAUUAAUAUUUAGAAAAUGCGAAAUGUAUGAAAAACAUUUGGGGAGAAAUGCUACUUGGAACCAAUCCAUUAUUCCCUGUUCUACUUGGGAAUUCGAUCAUUCAAAAUAUGGAGAUACCAUUACUGAAAAGUGGAAUUUAGUUUGUAAUUAUUCCUGGUUGGAAUCGUUUGUCGGAUCCGUUCAUUUUUUCGGUUAUUUCAUAACUGCAUUUGUCAUUGGCCACAUAUCAGACAGAUUUGGAAGACGACCGGCGAUACUUUUAUGUAUUCUCAUUCACUCAAUAUUUGGAAUUGCUUCUAUUAUUUCUCCAUAUUAUUGGGCAUUUGCAUUGUUUCGAUUUCUUUUGUCCAUAGGGAGUUCGGGAUGCUCUAUUACCAGUUUCGUAAUUGCAACAGAAGCACUUGGACCUGAAUAUCGAGAACGUGCAGGGUUAUUUCUUCAGUUAGGAUGGAGUAUCGGGCACGUCGUUAUUCCUGGCAUUGCGUGGUUACUUAGAGAUUGGCAUUAUCUACAACUUGCGUGUACACUUCCUUACUUACCACUACUAUUCUUUUGGAGAAUUUUUCCGGAAUCUCCGAGAUGGUUGUUGACCCGUGGUAAAAUAUCAGUUGUAGAAAGUUUAGUGAAAAAAAUAACAGAGAUCAAUGGUAUUGACAUAGAUUCUUUAGAUGUUCAUAUUAAUAGAUUAGCAAAUAAAAAACAGAAGGAGGAAGAGAAAGUGAUGCGAAAUUAUACAUUUUUUGAUCUAUUUCGAAAGACUGAUUUAAGAAAAUUAACUGUCAUACAAUAUUUUAUUUGGAUCGUCUCACUAUUUACAUUUUAUGGAUUUAUAUUGAAUACUGGCAAUUUGGGAACAAAUGUCUAUCUGUUACAAUUCCUGUUCGGAUUAAUGGAGUUUGUCGCAUUAUUUUUACUACAAAUUUUUUCGACUCGUGCCGGAAGAAAGACAUUUUUGAUAGUUAUUUUCUCACUUACUGGAGUUCUAUCGCUGCUAACCACGGCCGUUCCAAAUGAUUUGAGUUGGCUAAAAGCAGCUUUGAUAGUUACAGCUAAAUUAUUUAAUACGACAAUUAUCGUAGUAAUGUAUAUAUUUACUUCUGAGUUAUAUCCGACUGUCGUUCGAAACGUCGGAAUUGGUUCUUGCAGUAUGGUAGGAGGAAUCGGAGCCAUUUUAGCACCUUUCUUGAACCAGGCUUAUAUUAUUUAUUACAAGAAGAUAAUAAGGAAUUUUAAUUUUAAAAAUUNUGAGAAAACUGAAUUUCAUGACAUUGUUGUGUGCCUAAGACAUUUGACCUUAGAUAGGAAAAGAGUCUUAUUUAAGACCCUUAUAUCUAUACUUAUGCCUCAGAAACUUGUAUAUUCAAGAGAAAGAUGA